AUGACGGGGCGGGGGAUGCGGCGCGGAGCAGAGCGGGUUCAGGGGGAACUUCACCGCUCCCUGAAAGGAGGCGUUCCAGAACACGGAGAUACGGCAGCGGCGGAUAGAGCGGCGCAGGCCGACCUCGCACAGCCGUUCCGUCCCCACCGUUACAUAAGGCCACAAACCCCACCGGGGCGGAGCGCUCCCCACGGCCGCGGUGUUUACAGCCGCGCGGCGCGCACCAACCCGCGGGGGAGCACCCGGCCGGACCCGCGCCGCUCUCGUCGCCUUCCGCGCCGAGAAGCCCCGCAGGCGGCACAGGCAGCCGCUCCCACCCCUACGGCCCCGUCAGCCCCGCGUCUUCGCCGCGGUUCCCCCCCCGCGGGGUGCGACCUACCCCGCCCCGCGCCGCGCUCCCCCCCCCGCGGCGCAGUGGUACGGCCCGGCGCGCCGCGAUUGGCCGAGCGCUUAAAGGGGCCGGCAGGGCGCGCUUUUCCGCCCUCCGAUGCGGCGGCGCGUGCCCCCUCGCCCGCUCGGCGCUCCCCGGCGCGGCGCUCCGCGGGGCCAGGCGGGCGAGGGGGGGGCGAGCGGGGCUCCCCCCGCGGCGCUGCCAUGGAAACGGCGGACGGCGGCCGCCGAGGGACACAAAGGGCGGCGCGGCGGCGGCGGGCUGCUCGGCGCGGCCCCAUGGCGGCGGCGGUAGCGGAGGAGGAGGAGGAGGCUGCGGCGGUGGGCCCGGGGCCGGGCGGUAGCGGCGCGGGGGCCCCUCGGUACCGCCUGCUGGCCGAGAUCGGCCGCGGGGCGUAUGGCGUGGUGUACGAGGCGGUGUCGAGCUGCAGCGGAGCUCGGUUGGCGGUGAAGAGGAUCCGUUGCGACGCCCCCGAGAACGUGGAGCUGGCGCUGGCCGAGUUCUGGGCGCUGACCAGCCUGAGGCGGCAGCACCCCAACGUGGUGCGCUUCGAGGAGUGCGUGCUGCAGCGGCACGGCCUGGGGCAGCGCAUGAGCCACGGCAACAAGCGCAGCCAGCUCUACCUGCGGCUGGUGGAGACCUCCCUGAAAGGUGAGAGGAUCCUGGGCUACGCGGAGGAGCCUUGCUACCUCUGGUUCGUCAUGGAGUUCUGUGAGGGGGGGGACCUCAACCAGUACGUGCUCUCACGACGACCCGACCCUGCGACCAACAGGAGCUUCAUGCUGCAGCUCACCAGUGCCAUCGCCUUCCUGCACAAGAACCACAUUGUCCAUCGGGACCUGAAGCCAGACAACAUCCUGAUCACAGAGAAGUCCGGCACCCCUGUUCUCAAGGUGGCUGACUUUGGGCUCAGCAAGGUCUGUGCUGGUCUGACAGCUCGAGGCAAGAAGGGUGGCCACGAGAACAGAAACGUGAAUGUGAACAAGUACUGGCUGUCUUCGGCUUGUGGCUCUGAUUUCUAUAUGGCCCCCGAGGUCUGGGAGGGGCACUACACUGCCAAGGCUGACAUCUUCGCCCUCGGGAUCAUCAUCUGGGCCAUGAUUGAGAGGCUCACCUUCAUUGAUGCUGAGACCAAGAGGGAGCUGCUGGGGACUUACAUCAAGCAGGGGACUGAGAUCGUGCCCGUCGGGGAAGCGCUGCUAGAAAACCCAAAGAUGGAGCUGCACAUCCCUCAGAAACGCAGGACUUCCAUGUCUGAGGGCAUCAAGCAGCUUCUGAAAGACAUGUUGGCUGCUAACCCGCAGGAUCGACCUGAUGCCUUUGAGCUUGAAACCAGAAUGGACCAGGUUACAUGUGCUGCUUAAAUUCAGGGCAGGGCACUGCUGUGCUUUGCAGCUGGGUUUAUUUACCAGGGACCCAUCAUCUCCAUUACGUGCAACAAGGGAAGGUGACAAUACAAAAGAUCCUCGGUCUUCAGGAUCUCUGGCAAUGUGAAAUGUUUGGGUGUUUGUUUUGUUGGUGAGCGGUGUUUGGGGGGCACAGGGGAGCUGCAGGGGCACAGGCUGGGCACUUAUCGUGCUCACCUAGACUAUUGAAUGAGAUCCAGAACACAGAGCUGCCCUGCCCAGCUCUCCCCAUGUCCCCCUGCUCUGCAGUUGGACUUUACAAGAGUUAAUAGGCAGCUGUGGUUUGCUGCCAGACAGGAUUGCUGAGCCCAGCCAGGCACGGGUUGGGGUUUAAAGCUAUUGUUUCCACCUAGGAAAUGGGUUUGCAUCUGGAGUGCAUUGCUUUAGAGGUGAGUCUUACAGAGUGUGCGUUGCAAGCAGUAGAAUGUCUUCACAGCCAGGCAGCUUCUGGGUAGGUGCAUGCUGCCUGCACUAGAAACAGCUGUUGUUAGGUAGAGUAGCAUAAGCUGGAAAGGCAGUGGGGAGUCAGCACUGCCCUGCAGGGGGCAGAGCCUCAGAGCCUUGUCUCCCUAAUCUGGGUGUCAUAGAGAUGUUUGUUAGGGGCACAGAGCUAAUGGGGAGUGUGUAGGUACAUUUCAGCUGCGUACACGAGAAACUGAAAACAACCCACUACAAUGAGCCACUUGGUGCCAAACUUGAGUUGUGAGGAGCGGUGCUUGGGAGAGGAGGUUUGGCCUCAGUGGCUCAUGGGCUGGAUUCUGGCCUGCUGUAAAACACUUUUUCCUUCUAGGUAACUGUCUCAAUAAAGUAAAAGGCUGGUUGUAGUUGCUUGGUUGCAGUCAAUGCAGCUCAGGUAAGGAGACUGGAACCUCAGGCCGAUCAGUUAACACUCAGUCUCUUUGCCUAUAUUGUAGCAACACUAACUCUGGGGCUAUGUUGCUUGUCUUUAGACAUUGCUCACUGGAAAUGCAGUGUACAGCACCACCUCUUUUCCAACCUCUGGGGCCUGGACAAGCUAAAAUGCUCCCUGCUGAGCUGACACUGUCAGCAUCAGUCUGGGGGGCAGCAUCACUGCCACUGUUCAGCCUCCACAGCGCCAGGGCUCGGGCAGAAGGGGGUCCCUUGGAUCCCACUGCCCCCCCCCAACUGUUGGCAUUGCCCUUCCCCUGGGCAGAGUUGGAUGGCCCCACUCAUGCCUAGCAUUGCCCCAAGGGCCAUGGUGAGCUGAGAACUGAUCUCUCUUGUUCACAGUACAGUGUUAGUGCCCUACUCCAAACCUCCAUUCCUCCACCCGAUAGAGCCUUUGUUACUUAUUGACUGUCCCUGGCAUGAACUGGUGCAUGCAGAAGGCUAUACCCCCCCAUCCUGCUCAUGGUUUACUCUUCUGGAAGGGUCCCUUGCUGGGAGAAGCCAGCUUUCCAGCAGGAGGUCUCCACGCAGGACAUGGAGGUGGGAGGUGAGCACUGGGGAAAGUACCCCCUCCUGGCCCAUUGCAGGUUCAGGCCAUCUUCAAACCACACGUUUUCACCUCAGCUUUUGCAUUUCAGAUGUGUUUGUAAAGCAGCUUGAUGUUAGCGAGCUAGACCGUAGUGCCUUACUUAGGAGUUAGCAAACACUUCAGAGGACAAGCCCUAGGCUGCUAGCCUUUGGCCAACAUGGAUGUUUCCCUGUUAAUUUGCCCUUUUCAAAGCAUUUCUCCCUGAUGAUUUUGCUGCUGUUUGAGCUCGAUUCCUGGAUGAAGCUGCCUUGUGUUUAUAGCUCCUAGCACCUCUCCUCCAAUUGCUUUAGCCCAGACCAAACUUGUUCUGUGGAGUGAGGUGGCAGCAUCGGGUGUCUCUGCCCACCUGGAACUGUCGAGCAUCUUCUGCGGGCUGAACCCUGCGGAGGGAGUUUUUGGCAUUGAGCUGCAUUGCUGGGAAUGUUCAAGCUUAGGAUAGCAACUCCAAGGCUGGGACCAGGGCAACUCCAUCCUCCUGGCUGGAGCAAAGCAUCCAGGUAUGGAGGGGGUUGCUGUCAUGGGGGGGAUCCAGUGCCCUCCCGCCACCCUUUGGGCUUUGCGGGGUCCAAGCUGAGCCCAGCGCUGGGGGUGAUUGUAUGAAACUGUUUACUUCUGACUGCUGUUUA